AUGUCUGCAAAGGUAAGUUUCCUCGCCUCCUUCCACUAUCAAUUCCCGAGAGUCUUGUCUCAACAAAAACCCCCUCCAAGUCCUACAUAUGCCCAAGAUAGAAGCUGACGCACCCAACAGAUCACCACCAUCCUCUUCGACUGCGACAACACCCUCGUCCUCUCCGAGUCCCUCGCCUUCGAAGCCUGCGCCGACCUCGCCAACGAGAUCCUCGCCUCCCGCAACAUCCCCGACCGGUACACCGGCCCCGUCCUGCUCGCCGAAUUCGUCGGCCAAAACUUCCGGGGCAUGAUGGUCUCCCUGAAAGCCAAGUACAAGUACGAAAUGGGCGACGACGAGCUCGAGACGUACGUCUUGAAGGAAGAAGACAAAGUCAUCGCGAAGCUGAAGGAGAAACUCGUCCCGUGCGUCGGCGCGGACGAUGUCCUUGAGAAGUUAGAUAAGGAGGGCAAGUACUUGAUGAGUGUUGUUUCUUCCUCGGCUUUACGACGAGUGAAGGCGAGUAUCGAGAAGGUCGGUCAGGAUAAGUAUUUCCAACCCAAUCACGUCUUCUCGGCUGCGACGUCCCUUCCGAAGCCGACGUCGAAGCCUGAUCCGGCGAUUUAUCUGCAUGCCAUGCAGGUUCUGGGGAAGAAAGCUGAGGAGUGUGUUGCGGUGGAGGAUAGUAAGAGUGGUGCGACGGCGGCGUAUCGAGCGAAGAUUAAGACGAUUGGGUAUACGGGUUCUUAUGAGCCUCAUGAGGAGGAGAAGAUGAGGAAGGUGUUGGAGGAUGCGGGGUGUGUGGUUAUUAUGAAGGAUUGGACGGAGUUUGAGGGGUGUUUGGAGAGGAUUCAGAAGGGUGAGGUUUAGAUUCUCUCUCUCUUUUUCUUUGGCUUUGUGUCGGUCUUCUUUUGGAGAACCUACCCCUUUUUUGGGGAGAGUGUAUGUAUGACCUUUUGGGAAUAUGGGACUGAUUGGGUUUCUUUUUGGGGAGGGUAGAUGGGAAGGGUAAGGGUGAGAGUGGUCGUCUUUGAUAGAUGGACUGUGUUGGGCUGUUAGUUGGAAUCUGAGGGGUUGGAUGGAUGGGCUUGGAAUCUGAAUCUUGGUGGAUGGAUGGAUUUUGGAUGGAUUCGUUUGUUGGUCUGAUAGAGGAUGAUGAUAGAUUUAAAAAUUGGUGUCGUUCGUUGAAAAACUCUUUGAAUACUCUGAAUUCUCUUUCCAAUUAGAA